CAUAAAGUCAGGACGUAUAUUAACUCGUACCAAUGAGGUUUAUUUUAUUUUAUUUACUGGGUCUGCUUAGCGUGAUGAGCUUGACCCAGGGUGCCAGUAACCUCAUUUGUUACUAUGAUUCAACCUCGUAUUUGCGUAAAGGAUUGGCCAAACUACAAUCCUCGGAUCUGGAAUUAGCCCUUCAGUUUUGCACUCAUUUGGUUUAUGGCUACGCAGGACUAAAGGCUGGCACUCAUGAGCUAUUCAGCCUGAAUGUGGAUCUGGACAUGUUCCAUUACUAUGAGAUAACUGAUCUGCACAAGAAGUUCCCCCAGCUGAAGAUCCUGCUGAGUGUGGGAGGUGAUCAUGAUCUGGACGAAGCUCAUCCCAAUAAAUAUAUAGAACUUUUGGAGGCAAAUCGAACUCAACAGCAGAAUUUCAUAGAUAGCAGCAUGAUUUUGCUAAAACGAAAUGGAUUCGAUGGCCUCGACUUGGCCUUCCAACUGCCCCGGAAUAAGCCCAGGAAGGUGCACGGUGCCAUUGGUGGUUAUUGGAAACAAUUCAAGAAACUAUUCACCGGUGACUUUGUGGUGGAUCCCCUGGCAGAGCAUCACAAGUCACAAUUCACGGAUUUGGUGAUGAAUCUAAAGAAUGCCUUUCGCAGUGCCAAUCUCAUGUUGAGUCUGACUGUCUUGCCAAAUGUUAACUCCACUUGGUACUUUGAUGUCCCUAAACUAUAUCCGCACUUCGACUAUAUAAAUCUGGCUGCCUUUGAUUUCCUCACACCACUUCGAAAUCCCGAGGAGGCGGACUUUACAGCUCCAAUCUUCCUGCAGGACGAACAGAAUCGAUUGCCCCACUUGAAUAUCGAUUAUCAGGUUAAUUAUUGGCUUCAAAAUCAUUGUCCCGCUCAAAAGUUGAACUUGGGCAUUGCCAGUUAUGGACGAGCUUGGAAACUGACCAAGGACUCUGGUCUGAGUGGUCUUCCUGUGGUUCAUGAUACCUAUGGUCCUGCUCCCGAAGGAGUCCUAAUUAAUAGUGUUGAAGGAUUACUGAGUUGGCCAGAGAUUUGCUCAAAAUUAGCCCAGAACUCUUCGGCUCAAUAUAGAGGAGAAAUGGCACCGCUUCGCAAGGUCACCGAUCUUACCCAGAAAUAUGGAAACUAUGCCCUCCGUCCGGCAGAUGACAAUGGAGAUCAUGGUGUGUGGCUGAGCUACGAUGAUCCUGAUUUUGCAGGAAUAAAAGCAACCUAUGCCAAGGGCAAAGGACUCGGUGGAAUUGCUAUAUUCGAUCUGAGUUGUGACGAUUUCCGGGGAUUCUGCACUGGCCAGAAAUUCCCAAUUGUGCGAUCAAUUAAAUACUUUAUGGCCUAGAAUAUAUUUGUUUUUAACUAGAUCAAUAGUUGUAUAUUUAAAUUUAAAGUUUAAAUAUGAAAAGAAAAUAAAA